CCCUCGGUGGUUUCUUCAGGGAAGAGAGCGAGCCUCGAGCCGACGCACUUUUCUCUUAGGUCGUCACUUUCCUUAUCGGCAUGGGUCCGCUGUUGGAGGAGACAAUUUUCCGGUCAAAGCUACCGGAUAUUCACAUCGACAAUCGCCGGCCGCUGCAUGAAUUCUGCUUCGAGCGGCUGGCGGAGUUCGGCGACCGCCCCUGCCUCAUCGACGGCUCCAACGGCGCCGUCAUGAGCUACACUGAGGUGGACCUCGCGUCCAGGCGCGCCGCGGCUGGGCUGCGCAGGUUCGGGGUCGGCCGGGGGCAGGUGAUCAUGAUCCUGCUCCGUAACUCGCCGGAGUUCGUCCUCGCCUUCCUCGGUGCCUCCCGACGCGGCGCGGUGGCUACAACUGCCAACCCGUUUUAUACGCCGGCGGAGAUUCACAAACAGGCUGUAGCCUCCGGCACGAGGCUAAUCGUCACCGAGUCGUGCUACGUCGACAAGGUGCGGGAUUUCGCGCGGGAGCGGGGAGUUGUGGUCGUCUGCGUCGACGAUCCUCUUCCGGAGGGCUGCCGUCGAUUCUCGGAGUUGCUGGAAGAAGAGGAGAAAACAGAGGAGGAGGAGGAAGAAAUCGACCCCGAUGACGUUGUUGCGCUUCCGUACUCGUCGGGCACGACGGGACUGCCGAAGGGGGUGAUGCUGACGCACCGGAGCCUGAUCACGAGCGUGGCGCAGCAGGUGGACGGAGAGAACCCGAACCUAUACUUCCACUCCGACGACGUGCUCCUCUGCGUGCUGCCUCUCUUCCACAUCUACGCGCUGAACUCGGUCCUGCUCUGCGGGCUCCGCGCCGGCGCCGCCAUCCUCCUGGUGCGCAAGUUCGAGAUCUCCGCCGUGCUGGAGUUGGUGCAGCGCUUCCGCGUCACGGUGACCCCCUUCGUUCCGCCCAUCGUGCUGGAGUUCGUCAAGAGCUCGCUGAUGGACGCCUACGACCUGUCGUCGAUCCGCAUCGUCAAGUCCGGCGCCGCCCCAAUGGGCAAGGAGCUCGAGGACAAGUUCAUGGCCAAGCUGCCCAAUGCUACCUUGGGUCAGGGCUACGGGAUGACGGAAGCGGGGCCGGUGCUGUCCAUGUGCCUGGCCUUCGCCAAGGAGCCAUUUCCAGUGAAGUCCGGCGCCUGCGGCACGGUGGUGCGGAACGCCGAGCUCAAGAUCGUCGAUCCGGACACCGGCGUCGCGCUCGCCAGGAACCAGCGCGGUGAAAUCUGCAUCAGAGGAGAACAGAUCAUGAAAGGGUACCUGAACGAUCCUGAAGCAACGAGGAACACGAUCGACAAGGAAGGUUGGCUGCACACCGGCGACAUCGGUUUCGUCGACGACGACGACGAAAUUUUCAUCGUCGACCGGUUGAAGGAACUCAUCAAGUACAAGGGCUUUCAGGUCGCCCCCGCGGAGCUGGAGGCCUUGCUCGUCGCUCACCCAAACGUCACCGACGCUGCCGUCGUACCGAUGAAGGAUGAAGCGGCCGGAGAAAUUCCAGUUGCUUUCGUCGUCCGGUCUAAUGGAUCUCAAAUCACGGAGGACGAGCUUAAGCAAUACGUCGCAAAGCAGGUGAUCUUCUACAAGAGGAUAGGAAAGGUGUUCUUCGUGGACGCCAUUCCGAAGGCGCCAACUGGCAAAAUACUGAGGAAGGAUCUGAGGGCGAAGCUUAUAUAAGUCCAUUUUAAACCCCGUCCGUUGAGGCAUAAGAAUAUAAUCGAAAUUUGUGUAAUAUUUUUCCCGUGUUAAAUAUAAAAGAAACCGAUGUGAAGGAUCGAGUGGCGGGAGCUCUUUUAGAAGUGUCUCCUGUCACCAAAAGUAUUUAAUUUGUUUCAAUUGGUUAAACUGAAGUGUAAUGCAAUCUUGUAUGUCAAAAAUGUACCACAAAGUUAAGGUCAAUUUAAUUUGAGUUAUGGGGAUGAGCCAAACUUGAAUUGACUGGUA